GAUAUAAUAUUACCUGAAUAUUUACUGAUCGGAGUGCGAAAAUCACGGCUGAUUUGUCAUCGUGUCAUCAAGCUCUGGCUCUGCGCAGUUGACGCGGGCUUCAUCAGACCACUCAAUAGUUGUAUUCACUUCCACGGUGCUUAUUCUACAUGGCAUCGAUCAGCAGCUGGUUAUGGGGAACUUCGCAGCUUGACGACGCUGUCGACAAGGCCACCUCGGAGCUCAUACCGAAUGGCUCAGAGGACGUCGCUCUCAAUCUCGAGAUAUGUGACCAGAUACGCUCCAAGUCAGCACCCGCAAAGGAUGCCAUGCGUGCGCUCAAGCGCCGCCUUAAUCACAAGAAUCCCAAUGUCCAACUCCUCGCACUUGGCUUGACAGACGUCUGUGUCAAGAAUGGUGGCGAUCAUUUCUUGAGCGAGGUGACCUCAAGGGAGUUCAUGGAUAAUCUGGUCUCCAUCCUCAAAAUGCCUGGUCUAAAUCAUUCUGUCAGAGAUGACAUCUUGAAGUAUAUACAAAAUUGGUCUUUGGCUUUUGAAGGCAAGCCCAAUCUUAGCUAUGUGAAUCAGGUCUAUAAGACUCUCAAGAGUGAAGGACAUCAUUUCCCUCCAAAGGACUUUGCCCUGGCGAACUCUGCCAUGGUCGAUACGUCAACCGCUCCAGAAUGGAUAGAUUCCGAGCUGUGUCUGCGAUGUCGCACUCCGUUUACAUUUACCAAUCGGAAACAUCACUGUCGGAAUUGUGGACAAGUUUUCGAUCAACAAUGUUCAUCUAAAUCCAUACCUUUACCUCACUUCGGCAUCACUCAAGCUGUUAGGGUCUGUGAUGCGUGUCACAAUAAGUUGCAGAAAAAGGCUGAGAAAAGUGACAAGGCACACCGCCAUUCUGCAAGUAUGUAUAGCCCGCGUCACAGCAGUGCACGCGACCUCGCAGACGCCGAGCUCCAGCGCGCUAUUGAGCUCUCUCUUGAGGAGGUCGGUGCCGCUCACGGACGCAAACCGGGUUAUGUGCCCGCUCAACCCUCCGCGCACGAUUGGCACGUUUCCGAACCUCCGCUCGUGGACAGAAAGACGCACCCCGAUCGUAAAGUUGCUGACGCGGAUGAGGACGAUCCUGAUCUCCGUGCAGCUAUCGAAGCAAGUCUUCGGGAGGCUAGCGCCCCGAAACCGAGCGCCCCUGUGGAGCUUACAAGCACAGAAUCAUACAGUAAUGUGUACGCCACGUCUCAAUCAUAUCCUCCCACUGUUAUGCCUGCCCCACAAGUGCCGAAGCUUGCAAGUUAUGAUCUUGAGCCUUUGGAGACCGACGCCAUUCUUACAUUCAGCCAGACAGUGGAGCAAGUGCAGUCCCAAGGUGGACGCGACAUGUCGCGGUAUCCUGCUGUCAACGAACUAUAUGAUAGAGCAAACGGGCUCCGGCCUAAGCUGGCGAUGAGUCUGGACGACACCGACCGCAAAGAACAACUGCUAUCAGAGAUGCACGAAAAGCUUUCGCAAGCCGUCAAGCUCUACGACAAGCUACUGACAGAUCAGGUCUCACAUCCCACGUGGCGGCGUUCUCCCCAACAGGCCCAACCUACGACUGCACUAGUGCGGCAAUCCACACAAACUCUUGCUAAUGGUCAUAGUCAAUGGGCGCCAUCUCACCAUCAUGCAUCCUCCGUAUCUUCCCCGGUUUUUGCGCCACCACGGACCGACUCUGUCCAAUACGCUCCACAACCUCUUAUCUCCCGACCCAUAUUAUCCACUGUCCCCGAGUCAGAGCCUCAGUAUGCCCAUUAUGCGGCAGGAUCAUCACAACCAUAUACUUCAGGGGCUCCCGGGCCUUCACAGCACCUCACGGCUCCACUCGCUUCGCCACCCGCACCUCCUCAAUCUCAGCAGCCGGCUCACUUCACUACUCCGCCGUUAUCUGUAUCCUUCCUCCCCCAGCAAACCCCUACUUCUCCUACCCUUCCGGCCAACCAACCCGUGUCAAUAUCCCAGUUCGCCAACACUCCUGCACCGUCUCAACCACCACCACCACCACCACCACCCGCACUUCAACCUAUGGUUCCAUCCCUUACUCCACAAACGCCAGCCCUCGCACGGCACCACACCGUCUCAGCACGCACUGCAAUAUCCCCGCCGCCUGUCCCACUCGCCCGCUCAAGCACCGUAUCGCGCGCGUCCCGCCCUCAGUAUCAGCAGCCCUUACAGCCACAGCUCCCGCAAUUCCCCUCUGCACCAACGGCAGCACCGCAAUCGUUCGACUUGUACGCGCCAUCUGCGCCUACGACUAUUCCGGAGCGACGAGAGGAGCUGUUGAUUGAUUUGUAGUGAUUUUUUAUUGCUACGGUGUAUGAGUGGGUCACAGUAGGAUCGCGCACGGUAGACUGAUAGAUUAAUGUGAAUGCACAUAGUAGUUGUGAACAUGUUUUACAUGUAAUAAUCAUGUUGCAGCGGUCGUCUUCAUUUAUCAUGAAACUGCAAUAACUUAGUCUUGUGCUACUCAACGGUUGCAAUUAUUAGAUACGGCUUAUAUACAAUGCGCGCGAGGGAUUGUCCUCUAAUCCGGGGGUUCCGGUUACAUGAUGUGUACCGGAAAGCAUGUACAUUUGAUCAUGAUGUACAUCAUCGAAGACCUAUCAGUCUCAAAUCCAGACUUUUUUGAACACCAACCCGGUUUCUCCAAAGUCUGGCCCAUCUAUGGGGUGGGGUGCCCCGGUACAAGGAACGAUACGAUUUGAGUCGGGGUUGGGACAAGGGGUCCCAGGACUAGAUUAU